CUUUUGGCCGUCUUGACCGCUAGCAACAGCAAUCACCGGAACUGUGUUGCUUCAUCUUACCCGGCAUCCUCAGACUUUCUUUCUUACCACUUUGCCCUGCUUCUAUUCCACUCCUCCUUGGUCUCUUCUUCUUGCAGGCAAUUUUCCUGGGCAUCUUUAGUUUUUGCUUGAAUUUUCCACGAAGAUGGCUGACUCCAGCCCAUCCACAUCCGGCACGGCGACGCCCAUCAAAGACUCCACAACGUCCUCGCACAGCGUCCCGAUCACUGCCGUCACUAGUGCCCCACCACCUCCGACAGGACCCACCUCCGAUCCCGAGAAGAAGGCCGGUGCCCCGCCCGCAUACUCGGCAUUUUCGCCGUGGCGGAGACGCUUUAUCCUCAUCGUUGUCACCGUUGCCGGCUGUUUCGGUCCCUUGGCCGGCAACAUCUACCUGCCGUCCCUACCUGUUCUGGAGCAGGAGUUCCACGCCAGCGCAACCGCCAUCAAUGCCACUGUGUCCGUCUUCAUGCUGACGUUCGCUGUCGGUCCGUUGUUCUGGGCAAGUUUCGCCGAUUGGAAGGGCAGGAGACCACUGUACAUCAUCUCCAUCUCCAUUUACAUCGUGGCCAACAUUCUCCUGGCCGCGGUUCCGGCCAACUACGGCGCUCUCGUCUUCUUGCGGAUUGUGCAGGCCUUUGGGUCCGCGGCUGUGGUGUCCAUGGGCGCGGGUACUGUUGCAGAUGUGACUCCGCCCAAGGAGAGAGCAUUCGCAAUGAGCAUAUUUCUGCUUGGCCCCCAGCUUGGACCGGUGUUGGGUCCUGUAAUAGGAGGAGCGUUGACAAUCGCCUCGUGGCGCUGGAUCUUUGGUUUUCUCGGUGAGCGCUCCCAUGCAUACCCCGUGCCAAACUCUCCGUCAGCUAACAUCGUCAAAAUAGCCAUUGCCGGCUUUGCUCUCUGGGUUGUCAUCAUUCUGAUGCUGCCGGAGACUCUGCGCGCCAGGGUGGGGAGCGGCAAGCUCUAUGCCGAGUCCGGCUUCAUCCUCUUCCCGCUCAAGCUCUCCUCGUCCUUGGCCCCUGAGUCGGAAAGAGGCCCUCCCCCUCCCAAGCCAACUCUGCUCGGCUACUGGCGCCUCUUCAGCUACCCCCCCAUCGGCAUCGUGACCUUCAACACGGCCAUGCUCUACUCGACAUACUUCGCCAUCGCCGUCCAGCUGCCCACCGAGCUCGCCACCCGCUACAACUGGUCCAGCGCGGGAGUAGGCGCUGGUUUCCUCGCCGUCGGCGUCGCCAUGAUCGUCGGCUCCAUGGCUGGCGGGCGAUUCUCUGACUGGCGUCGUGCCCGUGCCGUCAAGGCGUCCCCGGACAACCACGUCGACCCCGAGAACAGGCUCGCCGACCAGAUAUGGGGCGUCUUCGUUUGCGCCGGCGGGUGCGUCAUGUACGGGUGGUUCGUCGACGCCUCACUGCACCCCGCGGCCGUCCUCGUCGCCACGUUUCUGAGUGAGUCAUGCCCGCCCUGUCUUUCGGCAAAAUUGCCCGUUUUCCUAUUCUUUUUUGUCUUGUUUUCAGCUGGCUUCGGUAUGAACUGGGUGUUUGUGGCCACGACCGCCUUCCUGACUGAGUGCGUAGCCCAGCAGGCUGCUGGCGCCUUCGCGCUCGGCAACAUGCUCCGGAACCCCGGCGCCGCCAUCGCCGCCCUCGUUAUCCCGUCGCUCGUCACCAAGAUGGGCAGCGGGUGGUGCUUCACCGGGCUGGCACUUUUGGACCUGGUCCUUGUGGGUUCAGCAGUCAUGGUGCUACGCAUCAAGUCUCCCGGAUGGAGAGCGGCUCGUAAGGCAAGAAUGGCAGCGAUGGCGGCCGCGAAGCCAGCGGGGCAGAAAUAAGUUCUUUUACGACGUCAUGACUUGCAUUAGAGGAGUUUCAGUGGGCGCAUGCUUUCGGACUUGAGAGUUCGACAUAGAUAUUGGUAUUGUCUAAUGUUUACAUGUGAUUAUUUCGGAACGGACAGCGACGGUACGUGAGAUGAAGCGAGGCAUAAGCCGGCUGAGGUGUAUGUCAUCUUAGCCCGGUCAUCUAGGCGUUCCAUUGAUAGAAAAGACGCAUCAGCUUGAGCGCGAAGGCCUUGACCGGUGAGGUCGAUCCACAAGCGAGCUCACUUCUUCUAUCCAAGCUGUCGGUCGAAGACGUAGUGUUCUGGUCUUCAUACCGCGCCAUCGGGACUAAUCCCUGUCCGGGGAUCGAUGGCAGCUCACAUACC